AUGGUCAAGUUAUUGUUGUAUGAUCUAGAACUCACGGGUUCAAAUAUCAGAAACAACCUUCUGCAAAGCAAGGCAAGACUGCAUACAAUAGACCAUUUCUCGGGACUCCGCGUUGUUCUAAAAACCCAUGUAGCGCCUUUAUCUGGCAGGAUAUGUUUGAGUAAUUGCAAUCUAGGAAAGAACUGUCUAUUUGAAUUCGAAGACUCUUUAGGGAAUGAAAACUUCACAGGCUUUGGUUUCAUUGUCAAAUUACAUACAGUGAUUCCGGUCACAGUGUGCUUGUUUGAGCUGGUUUUCUUGCUAGUAAACUGGAUGACAUCCUUUCAAGAUCUUCUCCAAAAACAGAAUGGAGAACGAGCACUAUGGGAAUACCCUUUUGCAGUAGCUGGUGUUAAUAUCACAUUCAUGCUCAUACAAAUGCUUGAUCUUCAACUUGCCAAACCCAGGUCGUUUAUUGCAGCUGUCUUUCUGAAGUUACUUUCAGAGAAUGACCAGGCUUUUGACAUAAUGUACUGCAUAACUUUCAAGUUGAUGGAUCACCAAUGGCUUACUAUGCAUGCCUCGUACAUGGACUUCAAUAUUGUGAUGAAGUCCACACGUCGUCGGCUGGAGCAGGAGCUUCUUCUAAAGAGUGUCAGUAGAAUUGAGGACUUACCUUCAUAUAGGCUCCUUGCUUGUUAGCGACUCUGGUUAUAUUUGACUUUGAGCAGUUUGAUUCUCUGGUUUUGUGGCAUGCUAAAUUAUGCACUUCUGAUUACA